UUCGUUGACUCGCGCGCACCUCAGCAGCAGUCACGAUACCUGAACAAAAAAAAUAAAAAAAAUACACCGAGUGAUAGCAAAAAAAAACUCUAUCACAACGUGGCCGGUCGACGCGCAUGCGCAAAUCGAAAAGCGAAGAAGCUGCAAACUCAAAUUCCGAGCUCACAUGUAAAACAUCUUUCAACACCUGACUGCGGUUUGUUUUAACGCUGGCUGCCGUCUUUCUCGCCAAAUUACAAAACCAAAAGAGGGAAGUAAUGUGAAAAUGACCCCGUGGCUGUUCGAAAGAUGAUCGAGGCCUUUGCAAAUCACCUAAGCAGCCACCUGGGACGUCAUCUCUUAUACUGGGCCAUUGACACGAGUAACGCUGGAACCGGGGGUGGAACUUCGGGAAACUACGGCCUCAACCUGCGGCUCUCCGAGCUGAUUAACAAGUUCCACGGCCCCCUCGAACGGGGGGUGCAGGUGCUGGACCACCUACUGACCCUCGAGGAGGACGACUUUGCUGGCCACUGGGGCAGCGCCUACGCACACAGCUAUGAGCCCGAGUACGCGGCACGAGUGCCCGAAAACGAGGAGUUGCCACCGCCUGAACACAUGGAAACCCUUAACAAUGGCAACGGGCUGCUCCAUUCGCCGCCCCACAAUCACCAGCAGCAGCACCAGCAACAGCAGCGCGGAAGCGGAGCCGGUGGAGCAGUAUCGCCAACUGGAGGAGGUGCCUCCGCCAGUGCCGACCACAAUAUUCAGAUAACGCAGCCGAUCAGUGCCCCUUCAUCGCCAUUGGCCUCACCGGGCGCCCUUAACAGCAGCACAAGCAGCGGGGGAGGCGGUGGAAGUGGAGGAGGAAUUAGCGGCAGUCCCACGGCCUUUUCCUUGCCCUCCGGUUCUGCGGCGGCUGCAUUAGCUGCCAUCUCAGCCACUCCCACCAGCGGCAGUGGGUCGUACGUUUGCUCGGCCGGGACCAACUGGCACUUUGCUGCUGUGGCGGCCUCCAAUGCCAUCGAUACGGCCGAUCCCAACUGGCAGGCCAGCAAGGCCACGGUGCUUGAGAGGAACGCUGCCAUGUUUAACAACGAGCUCAUGUCAGACGUCAAGUUCAUUGUGGGAGGAGAGUUUGAUAUUGAUCCUAUCCAGACCAUACCCGCCCACAAAUACAUUCUCGCCACGGGAAGCUCCGUCUUCUACGCCAUGUUCUAUGGAGGAUUGGCCGAAAACAAGCAGGAAAUUAAAGUGCCUGAUGUGGAACCCACUGCCUUUCUAACAUUGCUAAGGUACCUCUAUUGUGAUGAAAUCAAACUAGAACCUGAACACAUCCUGGCUACCCUGUACGCUGCCAAGAAAUACAUCGUGCCCCAUCUGGCCAGAGCCUGCGUUAACUAUCUGGAGGUGAAGCUGACGGCAAAAAACGCCUGCCUACUUCUCAGUCAAUCGCGUCUGUUCGAGGAGCCAGAACUGAUGCAGCGUUGCUGGGAAGUGAUAGACGCCCAGGCCGAGAUGGCGGUUAAGUCCGAGGAUUUUGUGGACAUCGACCUCAAGACCUUUGAGUCGAUCCUCUCGCGAGAAACACUCAACUGCAAGGAGAUCCACCUGUUCGAGGCGGCUCUCAACUGGGCACUCAACGCCUGUGAAAAGAUGAGCAUCGAUGAUACCCCGCAAAACAAGCGUCGUUUGCUGGGACAGGCCUUGCACCUCAUCCGCAUUCCUACGAUGACGCUGGAGGAGUUUGCCAACGGCGUAGCCCAAACCGGCAUUCUAUCGUCCCAGGAAACGAUUGAUAUGUUUCUGCACUUCACCGCCAAGAUGAAGCCCUCGCUAGGCUUCCCAACUAGGUCACGUGCAGGCCUGAAGACACAGGUUUGCCACCGCUUCCAGUCGUGUGCUUACCGCUCGAACCAGUGGCGCUACCGUGGACGCUGCGAUUCUAUUCAGUUUUCGGUUGAUAGGAGAAUCUUCAUUGUUGGAUUUGGACUGUAUGGCUCGUCGACCGGCGCAGCCAAUUACAACGUUAAGAUCGAACUCAAGCGGCUGGGACGCACCCUUGCCGAAAACGACACCAAGUUCUUCUCGGAUGGGUCGAGCAACACAUUCCACGUGUUCUUCGAAAACCCGAUUCAGAUCGAACCCGAGUGCUACUACACCGCCUCUGUGAUCCUGGACGGAAACGAGCUAAGCUUCUUUGGACAGGAGGGCAUGUCGGAGGUGCUCAUGGGCAAUGUGACAUUCCAGUUCCAGUGCUCUUCGGAGAGCACCAACGGCACUGGGGUCCAAGGCGGCCAAAUUCCUGAGCUGAUUUUCUAUGGUCCGACCACUGUGACGGCUCUAAAUUCACCAACAAAUUCUGUGUGUCCCACGCCUAUUGGAGGACCUUUGGCCGCGGGAUCAGCAGCUGGUGGAGCACCAGCCUCUUCAUCUUCCACUGCCAUUGCUGCAACUGGUAAUAACCCAAACCAUAGUUCUGGGGAGGACCUGGCCGGCGAGGGAAGCACCUGAUGCGCACAGCUCUACUGCGCCGAGUGGCAGGGAGCCUGCUAUUAUCGACAGCAGCAGCAGCAGCAACAACAGACCAGGAGACCAACUCAGCAAUACAAAACACAGACACAGAUACAAAAUCGCAACUCAUGGGUUUUCAGUGCUACACAAGGCAAAUUGGAGUUUUAGGCCAGGCGGUUAUAGACAAAGUCUAUACACAAUAUAUACCAAGAUAGUAGAGUGCUCUAGUUUUCGUAAUAGUCUAUAGUCUUAUAUAUAUAUUAGAUACACAUAUAUAUACACCUCGACAGUGCGUUUUAAAGCUGUGGUACAGUUGCCAAUGAGAAACUGACAAGUCAACCGAUGCAAGUCACACGAAUUAAGUUUAUCAUUCUACCCAAUCGAGAAAAAAGAUAUCAAUCUUUUCAACCGGCCCCUGUAUCCAAGCUCUAAAACGCACUGUUCAUAGUUGUUGGCAUAAAGCAGAUAGAGAUAUUUUCAAACUCAAGUGGAUCAUAUACACCCAUACCUACCUAGUUGACUAGAAAACUUAAUACGUUCCAUGAUUUCAGAGGGAGGGAUAGGAUACAAGGCGCUAUUUAGAACAAACGUAUGCAAUAAGCAAGUGAAAAUCGGGCAAUCAGUCAAGCUAGCGUUAAACAAUAUUCUAAAUAAAAGUUGCAUGACUAACUAAUACGAUAAAUAGCAAACAUAUUUUUUGCCAGCAUAUACCUAACAUAUAUAUAUACAUCUUUGAUCUGAUAAUGUUAUUUAGUCGCAUAUACCACUAACCUAUAUACUUGAAGGGACAAAAGCCAUGUUAAAAAUCGCAUACGACGAAUUUGAAAGCCAAGUUAACCAGUUUACGAAAUAAGACAUAAAUAUGGGAUCUAGGAGGAUUAUUCUGGGUCCAAAACAUAUUGACAUAUUAAUCUUGUAGUAUGCAUUAUAUCUAUUUCGUAGUUGUUCCAUUAUAUCUCUCAUACAUACAAAUAUGCCUUUCUACUGAUAUUAAGACCAGACUUCGCUCCUACACAUAAUUCUAGGCUGCUCUGCGCAACAAUCAGUUUUAUGUUCGAUUUAUAAAUUUCUUUGGAAAUUGUACUGAUUUUUUGCUUUUGAUAAUAAAACAAUUACUGUUCUUUUACUUACAUAUAUAAAUUGAUAAACGAAUAUGUUAUCCUAUAUUGACCUAUCCUUGAUAUACGACCUUAUUACUAUUAUGUACUUUAAUCAAAAUACAUUAUUAGAUUUUGCGAAUUUA